AAAGAAAAAAAAAAAAGGUUUGUUCCCGCUUUUUGACAUGCAACUGAAGGCUCGAGUACAAUUCGACCAGCCGUACACACACGAACUGGUCAAGAGCUCUUUGAAGGAUCGCUCAAAAUUCGACUGGAUUAUCGAAGAAGACAUCACCGAUGACUCCAUCGCCGAAGGAGACCAAGUUCAUUUGCAAUGGCUGGAAUAUGAGCUGAUCAACUGGGAUAAGCUUGCCAGCCAGGAGACCGAGACACUUGCAAACUCGUACUGCAUUCGAAAAGGAUUAAUUAGAAAGUCACAGAUGGCCUACAACCUGACGAAAUACAUGUCCAAGCACCCAGACAGCAUAUUGAAAACAGCCAUUCCUGAAACUUGGUUGUUCGAGCUGGAUCAUAUUGACUAUCUAGACGAAGCCAUGAACGAAGUUUUUGAAGUCGAGCAAGAUCUCGCUGAUAAUGAGGACCUGGAAACGAAUAGAAAGGCGUUCAUCAUUAAGCCUAGUAUGGCAAACAAAGCUGCUGGAAUUCAUAUUUUCGAUACCAUGGAAGGACUUAAAUCUUUGUUCGAACGUACUCGAUUGGAUGACAGUGAUGAAGAAGAGGAAGAAGAAGAGAAUGACGAAGAGGAUGCUGAAGAUGACAAUCGUGAAAACGAAGAUGGUGAUAAUGAGGGUGCCGAAGAGGAAGAGGAAGAGGAAGAAGUGGACUAUGACGAUGAAGAUGAAGAUGAAGAAGAUCUCAGUCAAAUUCGCGAAUGGGUCAUCCAACGUUACGUACAACACCCGUUGUUGCUCUGCGGAAAUCGCAAGUUCCAUGUUCGCGCAUACGUUUUGGCUGUAUCCAACAUUCAAGUAUACCUUUAUAGCGAUAUGCUAGCCCUUUUUGCACUUAAGCCGUUCGACGAAUCCGACUUAUCUGAUCAAUUGUCCCACAUCACAAACACCUGCAUCCAAACUGGCGAAGACACAUUUGUUGAAAACGACUCUGUUAAAUUGUUCUGGGACCUUAAGAAUGAAGAGGGUGUUACUCAGGAAAAUCUCGACUCCAUGUUUAAGCAAAUGCAAGAAACGCUUCGUGAUCUCUUUGACGCAUGUUCUAGUGAGAUGACAACCUUCCAAGCCAUUCCUAACGCCUUUGAACUAUAUGGCGUCGACUUUUUGAUUGAUAGAGAUAUGCAAGUCUAUUUCUUGGAGGCAAAUGCGUUCCCCGAUUUCAAGCAGACAGGCAAUGAAUUGCAGCAUAUCAUCAGUGACCUCUUUGCAGAAACGAUUCAACUGGCGGUCGAUCCGUUCUUCGAAAGCAGCGGUGCCGACACAUCCUCAUCGGUACGCAAAGAACAAACACCUUCCAAAUUUGUCAAAGUAUUUGAGCGACAGUUACUCGGCCCUCGUUAGCCUAUCUUAAUGUAUCUCAACGUUUAUAUUACAUUGAUACUAUUUAGA